AAAAGUCUUUAAACUGUUAGCUAUGAAUUUGUCUGAUGAUUUAAUUCAAAAAUGCCUUAUUGAUUGGCGUAUUAAAUUUUACGAAUACACUCGCUUCAAGGAUGUUGAGUUAAUUGGAGAAGGUGGACAUGGAAAAGUGUAUCGUGCUACUCUCAAGAAUAAUGGAAUUACUGUCGCAUUAAAGUCAUUUAAAAGUAAUAAUAUGACCUUUAGAGAAAUUGUUAAUGAGGUAGUUGUGGACAUGCAUUCUAAUAUUAUACGCCUACACGGCGCUACUAAAAACGAAGAUCAACCGAAUUUAAGGUCCACAAAUUAUAUGUUUGUACUUGAAUAUGCUGAUAGUGGUACUUUAAGGUCGUAUUUGCGGAAUCAUUUUAAAGAUCUUUCCUGGAAUGAUAAGAUUAAUUUUGCGCUACAGAUUGCUAGUGCUGUUAAAUUAUUGCAUGCUGAAGAUAUAAUACAUCGUGAUUUGCCACAUCAACUUGCUUCAUUAAUUGUGGAUAUUAAAAAUGGUGUUCGAGAAACUCAUAUCAAAGGAACACCGUCCACAUAUAUCAAGAUCUAUUCAGAUUGCUGGCAACAUGAUCCUGAUAGUCGACCAGAUAUCCAGCAAGUCUUUUUAAACCUAAAAAAUUUAAUUACCAAUUAUAAACAGUCUAUAAAUAGUAUUGCUCAAGACUCGAAUACAUUAGAAACUCACGGAUCUACUCAAUCAAAUGAUCAAAGUA